AUGGUCUCCUCAAUUGAUGUGAAAGCAUUGAACAUCUUCAUCAACCAGCCUGUGUCGCAGAAUAUGAUCCACAAGUUGGUGGUGACCACUUUGCAGGUUCUCCCAUGUCUGGAGGACAAGGAUGGCAGAACCGCCCACAACGGGAAACCAUUGCCUUCUCUCAUGACUUUCAUCAAUAAGUUGGUCAGGUACACUAACGUCUACACUGGCACCUUGAUGACCACCUUGGUCUACUUGGACAGAUUGAAGCACAAGCUCCCCAAGAACGCUCAGGGCUUACCUUGCACCAGACACAGGAUCUUCUUGAGCUGCCUCAUCUUGGCCUCCAAGUUCCACAACGACUGCUCUCCAAAAAACAUCCAUUGGGCCAACUACACCGAUGGCCUUUUUAGCUUGAAGGAUGUCAACCUUAUGGAAAGACAGUUGCUCUACCUUUUGAAUUGGGGCAUUCGUGUCUCCAAUGAGGAGAUGUGUGCUCAAUUGGCUUCGUUCUUGCUGCCAAUCAAGGAGGACUUGAUCAAGCUGUCGAAGAUGAGAAAGUACUUGGCCAAACAGCAGGCUGCCGCGGCUAGUGCUUCAACAACGGCUACUUCCACCAAGAACUGCUCCAGAACUUCUCUGUUGUCGCCAUCGCCUACGAUCUCGCGCUCUUCUUCCGCUGCGUCUCAGUUAUCUUUGCAUAACCCUCAUCAUUCUCGCCAAGCAUCCACAAAUUCUGUCAUGUCACACUACAGACAAGACUCAUGCAGCUCUUUGGAACUGCUCAGUCCUGUUAUGCCUGUCGACAAAGUCAGGGGCUACAAUGACAGGAACGCUUACGAGGUCGAUCCUCGCAUAGAAAUGAUGGCUAGAAACGAGGAGCAAGAAUUGUCUAGAAUGAUUUCUCAGAUUUACAAGCAGGGAGCUUAA